GCCCGAGGUUUGCCGAUCGCACACUGUAGAGAAAUUAGAUCACGGUGUGUUUACGAGGGUGGAAUACUACGUAGAAGGGCAAUGCAAAAGGCUGUGAGUUUUUUCAGGUAUGGAAUGUCAUGGAAUGAACUGGGAAUAAAUGUCAACAGACUGCAGGGGCGGACUCAGAUUCUACGUGAGACGGGGGCAUGGAGUCGCACAUUAUCAACAAAACCAUCGCAAAGUAUCAGCUCCGGUGAUCGAGAAAAAAGUCAUGACAGCAGUCGAUUGUUUGCAAAUGUUAAAGUUUGCGUAGCAUUAGGUGUCACAGGAAGUGUGAUAUGGCUUAUGUCAAAAAGAAGACAUGCAGUAGAGGCUGCAACAAGCCAAACAGCAGGGGCACUGAAGACAGGACUGCCUACCUACUCUUUAGAUGAAGUAGCCAAACACAACAAAAAAGAAAAUAGAAUCUGGGUCACGUACAAAAAUGGUGUGUAUGACAUCACAGAUUAUGUGUCAAACCAUCCAGGGGGGUCUAGAAUUUUACUGGCUGCUGGUUCCUCCAUUGAGCCCUACUGGGAGAUGUAUGCAGCCCACAAACAGGAUGAAAUUUAUGAUAUGCUGGAGGAAUUGAGAAUUGGUAACAUUACAGAAAAACCAAAGGAGGAAAAAGUUGAUAGGAAAGAUCCAUAUGCUAAUGAUCCACAAAGGCACAUGGCAUUAAAACCGAGUUCCAAGAAACCCUUUAAUGCAGAACCUCCUCUUUCUCUACUCAGGUACAGUUUUCUCACACCAAAUGAUUUGUUCUUUGUUAGAAACCAUCUUCCAGUACCAGAUAUUGAUCCAAAGAAGUACCAGUUGACAAUUUCAAUAGCUGGAUCCAAAAAAUCAAUAAAUCUGAGUCUUAAUGACUUGAAAAGAAAAUUUGACAAAAAAUCAGUGGUGUCUGUCGUUCAGUGUGCAGGCAAUCGCAGAAGUGAGAUGGUGAAAAUUAAACCUGUCAAAGGUCUAAACUGGGGAUCUGCAGCCAUAAGCAAUGCAGACUGGGCAGGUGCUUGUCUAGAUGAUGUCUUAAAGAAAGCAGGUAUUGACAUUGAUACAGUAAAUGCUAAACAUAUCAUAUUUGAUGGAGCUGAUUCAGACCCUACAGGAUCCAAUUAUGGUGCAUCUAUUCCUAUUGAUAUGGCCAGGAGGUUGAAGAAAGAUAUCAUAGUCGCCUAUGAGAUGAAUGGCAAGGACAUUCCAAGAGAUCAUGGUUAUCCUGUCCGAAUUAUUAUUCCAGGGGUUGUUGGAGCCAGACAGGUAAAGUGGCUGAACAAAAUUACAUUAAGUGAUGAAGAGAGCACCUGCCACUGGCAGCAGAGAGAUUACAAAGGAUUUCAUGCUUCCAUUGAUUGGCAUAAUGUGGACUUUAGUACUGUGCCUGCUAUCCAUGAACUACCCGUUCAGUCUGCCAUCUGUGAACCUGAGCCUGGGACCAUCCUGGAGGAUGAUACAGAAGUUACUGUAAAGGGUUACGCCUGGAGUGGAGGGGGACGUGGAAUUGUACGAGUGGAUUUGUCUGCUGACGGCGGGAAAACCUGGCAUUCUGCAGAGUUAUCUCCCACAGACCAGCCCCUGUACAAAACAUAUGCUUGGACAUUCUGGGAGGGGACUAUUCCUCUUCCCAAAGAUCACAAAGGUCAGGUGGAAAUCAUCUGCAAGGCAGUAGAUUCCUCAUACAAUGUUCAGCCUGAUAAUGUGGAGGGCAUUUGGAAUUUGAGAGGAGUGUUGAGUAAUGCUUGGCACAAGGUGCUGGUCAAAGUACCAAGGUCCUGAAAAUCUAGUAUCCUUCAGUAUCAAUAAAGAUUUCCAAAUUCAUGUGUACAAUCAGGUAUAUUACACUUAUUUCAACUUCAAGUCAUGAAAAUAUUGUGCAACGUUUCAUACUAUUAUCAGAGUGCAGGUUUCUUCAAAUCAGAAAUGAAAAAUAAAAGUAAACAAAAAUCAGACUUUCUCAUACAAUGAAUGAAUAGUUUUGUACACUAUAUUUACCUUAGGCUGAUCCAUUGUUUAUUGAUUAAAUUUUAAUUCUGUAACAUUCCUAGUCAAACACCAUCAUAAAUUUGUGGAAAGAUCAAUGGAACAAAAUGGGUAAAGAUUUUGAUUAGUAUAUAACCUUGCAGUUAAUAAUUUUCUUUUAAAAAUAUCAAGAUAUUGAUGAUAAAAAUACAUUGAAGAUUUUUUUCUUAAAAUUCAGUUUCAAACUACUCAACUUGAAAUUCCAACCGAAUUUUAAAAUUGGAUUAAAUUAAAAUCGUAAAAUAACAACUUAAAAAAAAAACAACAAAAAAGUAAAUGAGUUGGAUUUUACGCAGUUUUUUUGUUGUUGUGCACUGUAAGCCUGGUGUGUUUUUGUGUUGUAAAUCAGACAGCGGUGUUAUGUGACAGUUGCUCAUUAUUCACAGACAAAAUCUGACACAACAUGACACUAAAUCACAGGACAGUGCUGUUUUAUUUUAUAAUUUCCUCUAUCUUAUACAUGUGUAAAGUCAAGUUUGAAACAAACUUCCAUUUUUUCCUUUUCCUAUUAAGGUUAAAAUGCAUAAUAACAAAUGUGACUUUUAAAUGAUGAAUCUAACUAAGUUAUUUUUGCACAAUUUUUCCAAACAGACAAGUACAGACCUCGCACUAGCCAACUGUAAAUGAUGUCUGUCUAAAUGUGGCUUUAAUUUCCCUCAGGUGUAGUUUGGAUUUUAAUUAUUUUUUAUUACAUUUACGCUUUGUCAUUUUCUUGUUAUUUCUCCAGUUCAGUGAGGGAUGUAUAGUGAAGAGAAUAUUUUGUUAAUGUAUCUGCAGCAAAUCAGUUUCUUAGGUAUUGAUCAGAUUUUAGUCAGUUUUAAGAGAUACAUGCAGUAUAAUAUCUUACUGAUUGAAGAACAAAAAAUGUUUUUGAAAAAAAAAUUGGAAAUUCAUUCUUUUAAAAAAUAUAUGUAUGUACCCAAAUUCAGGUAUUGUAAAAUAUAGAUGCAAAUUGAGUUUUGCAGCUACUAGUAUAUGUCAUAUUGAUUUCAUUUAGUGUAAAACAUAAAUUUCAAAUCAUUUGUUCUCAAAGAGAUUUAUCAUUAUUGAAUAAGGUAUGCUGAAAUUUAUUUGCGGCUGAAAUAAAACAUUACUUUAAAAAUCAUUGAAAUGAUUCAACAAAACUAUGACUGGAGAGAGAGAGAGAGAGAAAUGCAGAGUUUUAUUUGUUUUUCAUGAUGAUAAUAUAAACUUGUACAUGUAUUUCAUGUAUUUUAAGAAAUAUAAUAUCAUUGAAUAUUGAAAGGAUUAACUAUUGAUUGUGAAUUGAUAUGGUGUAUUAUUAAUGUGACAUUGUAUUUUCUUAAUAAAAAAAUAAACCAAA